AAAAAAAAAAGGCACUCACGCAGUCUGGGCUGGGUCUGCUUGCUGCUAACACGGAGAGGCACUCUCGUAUUCAUGGUGGUGCAGUGAUAACUUGAGCAACCUUUUUUUUUCCUUUUUCAUCCUUUUCCCCCCGCUUUGCACACAGGGAAGGCUCAUGUCUUUCUUAUAGACAUGAUGAGCUUUGUGCAUUUAAGGACUUUCCUUUUUCUGGUGGUCUCCGUGGCUCAGCUUUUGAUUGUUACAUGUCAAGAUGGGAACAGCGGAGAUGACAUGAGCUGCAGUGCAGACGGCCAGGUGUACACCAACAAGGACAUCUGGAAGCCAGAGCCGUGCCGGAUCUGCGUGUGUGACAACGGGCAGGUCCUCUGUGAUGAAAUCCAGUGCGAUGAGCUGAGUAAUUGUGAGAAGAUGUUCAUCCCAGAGGGCGAGUGCUGCCCCGUGUGCCAGAGCGAUACAACCAGCACCGGUGGGGGCGGGACCUAUGGUGGAAACCGAGUUUACAAGGGUCAGAAGGGAGAACCAGGGGAUGUUCCACUUGUGACCGGUAUCAGAGGUCGCCCUGGACCAAUGGGACCUCCCGGCUCACCAGGAGAGAGAGGACCUCGUGGAAAUAAAGGAAGGCCUGGAUUGCGGGGCUCUGCAGGUUAUGAUGGAGAGCCUGGUGUACCAGGUCAGCCCGGUGAGCCAGGACCUCCAGGACAUCCAACGCACCCUGGGGGUCUGGGAUCCCAGAUGUCUCAAGGCUUUGAUGGAAAACAAGGACCCCAGGGCAUGUUGACCGGCUCCAGGGGAGAGGCCGGAGCGAGAGGACCGCCGGGGCCGAACGGCUCACCAGGCCAGUCUGGGCCACAAGGGCCUCCUGGAGAUGUUGGUGAUCCCGGACACAUGGGUACUCCGGGGCAACGUGGACCUGAGGGACCUCCAGGGAAACCGGGCGAAGACGGAGAGCAAGGCAAAGCAGGAAAUUCUGGAGAAAUGGGAUUCCCCGGAUCAGCAGGGCCUAGAGGAUUUCCUGGGACACCAGGGCCUCCUGGCCUGAAGGGUCACAGAGGCCACGGUGGCCUGAUCGGCCAAAAAGGUGAAAUCGGAGCAGUUGGUUCCAAGGGAGCUACAGGCCCCCCUGGUCCAAUGGGAGGACCUGGGCCCAUGGGUCCUGCUGGCAUGCCGGGGGAGAGAGGACGCUCUGGACCAGGCGGCAUAGCAGGAAAACGCGGUUCCCCUGGUAACGUUGGGAAACCUGGUCCAAUGGGUCCCCUGGGUCUCAGCGGCCCACCUGGAUACCCAGGAACCCCAGGAAUGAAGGGACAACCCGGCCCCACGGGUGUCCGGGGUCCAGAGGGUCCACAGGGACAGAGAGGAGAGACCGGUCACCUUGGCAGAGCAGGACCUGUUGGCCUCAGGGGACCCAUGGGUACAGACGGAGGCCCAGGCACCAAAGGACCAGUGGGUAAUAUUGGUCCACAAGGUGCCGGUGGCCAUCCUGGACCCCCUGGACCACCAGGACCUCAGGGAAGCACUGGUCAGCCUGGAAUCAAAGGACAACUGGGAGAUGUUGGCGUAUCAGGAUUUAAAGGAGACGCUGGACCAAAAGGAGAACCUGGUCCGCCAGGCUCCCAGGGAGUGAUCGGACCUCAGGGUGAAGAAGGAAAGCGAGGACAACGUGGAGACCCUGGUUCAGUUGGUCCUCCUGGUCCCGUCGGUGAAAGAGGAGCUCCUGGAAACAGAGGAUUUCCUGGUGCUGAUGGACUGCCGGGACCAAAGGGAGCUCAAGGAGAUCGUGGAACAUCAGGCCCACCAGGACCGAAAGGUUCUCUAGGAGACCCAGGUCGUACAGGAGAGCCUGGUCUACCAGGUGCAAGGGGUCUCACUGGUACCCCAGGAGUCCAGGGGGCCGAGGGCAAACCAGGACCACUGGGCGCCCCAGGUGAAGAUGGUCGUCCAGGCCCUGCAGGAUCCAUUGGAAACAGAGGACCUGCAGGAACCAUGGGAGUACCGGGCCCCAAGGGCUUCAAUGGUGAUCCAGGAAAGACAGGUGAACAGGGAUCUGCAGGAGUCCCAGGCCAACGAGGUCCCCCAGGGAAAGAUGGAGAAGUUGGCCCUGCAGGCCCCCCUGGUCCAGCAGGUGUUGCAGGCGACAGAGGAGAGCAGGGCCCUCCAGGUGUAAACGGAUUCCAGGGUUUGCCUGGAAACCAAGGCCCCCCUGGAGAGCCUGGAAAACCAGGAGAUCAAGGUAUUCCUGGUGAGCUUGGAGCUGUGGGUCAGAUUGGACCACGGGGAGAGCGUGGUGUCCCUGGGGAGAGAGGAGAGCUCGGUUUAACUGGUCUACAGGGACCCAAAGGAAUUCCUGGUGCACCUGGGCCAGAUGGACCGAAGGGUAGUCCUGGCCCUCCUGGUGCCUUGGGUGAUGUGGGGCCUCCAGGUCUUCAAGGAAUGCCGGGAGAAAGAGGCAUCUCUGGGCCUCCUGGGCCUAAGGGCGACAGAGGAGCAAUUGGUGAGAAAGGAACAGAAGGUACAGCUGGAAACGACGGUGCAAGAGGAGCCCCAGGUCCUGUUGGCCCACUAGGACCUGCUGGACCCAGUGGUGAGAAGGGAGAACCUGGACCCAAAGGACCACAUGGACCCCCAGGCUCCAGAGGAGGGCCUGGAGCAAGAGGUGACCCUGGCCCGAUUGGUGCUGUUGGAUUUGCUGGUCCUCCUGGUCCUGAUGGCCAACCUGGAGUCAAGGGAGAGCCUGGUGAGCAAGGCCAGAAGGGAGACGCUGGUUCUCCAGGACCACAGGGCUUGGCCGGAGCUCACGGACCUCCAGGCCCAGUUGGUGUCGCUGGAUUGAAAGGAGGAAGAGGAACACAGGGUGCACCAGGCCCCACUGGUUUCCCUGGUUCUGCAGGAAGAGUUGGACCACCCGGACCAACUGGUCCAGUUGGAGAACCUGGACCUCUGGGGCCUCCGGGAAAGGAAGGUCCUCCUGGACUCCGUGGAGAUCACGGAUCGCCAGGAAAACAGGGAGAGCGGGGACCUGCGGGACCACCAGGGAGCCCAGGAGACAAGGGAGACUCUGGAGAAGACGGCCCCACUGGUCCUGAUGGUCCUCCAGGCCCAGCUGGAACUACAGGACAGAGAGGCAUUGUGGGUCUUCCUGGUCAGAGAGGAGAGCGUGGGAUGCCAGGCCUUCCAGGACCAGGGGGUCCACCAGGAAAGCAGGGAUCCACAGGACAAGCUGGAGAUAAAGGCCCCCCAGGUCCAGUUGGUGUUCCUGGUGCUAACGGACCUCGUGGUGAUCCUGGUCCUGACGGUCCUGCAGGAUCUGACGGCCCACCAGGAAAGGACGGCGUUCUGGGACAAAGGGGAGCACGAGGAGAUCCUGGUCCAGAGGGCUUAGUCGGUCCUCAGGGACUUCCUGGACCUCCUGGUCCUGUUGGUGCACCAGGUGACGCUGGAAGGAGAGGAGAGUCUGGCUCAAGAGGACCUGCUGGACCUCCUGGCUCAGCUGGAAAGAGAGGAUUAGUGGGACCCCAAGGACCAAGAGGAGACAAGGGUGACUUGGGUGACCACGGAGAGAGAGGACAGAAGGGACACAGAGGAUUCACUGGUUUGCAGGGUCUUCCUGGACCUCCAGGUACAACUGGUGAGCAGGGAGCUCCAGGAAUUGUUGGACCAAGUGGCCCGAGGGGGCCUCCUGGACCUAUUGGGCCUCAUGGAAAGGAAGGAUACAUGGGACAACCGGGACCAAUGGGACCACCAGGAACUCGUGGCUUCAGUGGAGAAAUAGGACCAGAGGGACCUCCAGGAGAGCCCGGACCCCCAGGCCCUCCUGGUCCUCCAGGACCUCCCACGGCUGCAAUGGAUGACCUCUUUGGCAACCAGGACUACGACUCUGGGCCCCCUCCCCCUCCAGAGUUUAGCGAGGACGAGGCACUGCCCAACAGCAACUCCUCCACCAUCGUACCUGUGGACCCUGGCGUUCAGGCCACACUGAAGGCCCUAAGCAGCCAGAUCGACAGCAUGAAGAGCCCAGACGGCAGCAGGAAACACCCGGCCAGGACCUGCGACGACCUGAAGAGAUGCUACCCCAUGAAGAAAAGCGGCAAGUACUGGGUGGACCCGAACCAAGGCAGUUCAGAAGAUGCCAUCGAGGUGGACUGCAACAUGGACACCGGAGAGACGUGCAUCUCUGCUAACCCAUCCACUAUACCUCGUAAAGUGUGGUGGAGUUCUUCCCGGAACAAACCUGUGUGGUUCGGGGCUGACAUCAACCGUGGAACACAGUUCACUUAUGGCAACAAAGAUCAGUCGGCCAACUCUGUCACAGUGCAGAUGACUUUCAUCCGCCUGCUCUCCAAAGAGGCGUCCCAGUCCAUCACCUACCACUGCAAGAACUCUGUGGCCUACAAGGACGAGAAGACGGGCAACCUGAAGAAAGCUCUGAUCCUCAAAGGCUCCAACGACCUGGAGCUCAAAGCAGAGGGAAACAACCGCUUCAGAUACACCGUGGUGCAAGACUCCUGCUCACAAGCGAAUGGCAACUGGGGCAAGACAGUGUUUGAGUACAGGACACAGAAAACAGCAAGACUUCCCAUUGUGGAUAUUGCCCCUGUGGACAUUGGUGGCCCCAAUCAAGAGUUCGGUGUUGAAAUCGGGCCCGUGUGCUUCUUGUAAAGUCGUCAUGGUCGAUGCAUCGAGGAGGAUCCUGAGACUGUUGAACUGACAGCUGACUCGAUCAGCCACAUUGUACAUACUGAGUACUGAGGACUAUUCUGGCCCUGUGGCAAGAUAUUUAUUGUGCCUUUCAACCCAGCUCAAGACACCAAAGAUUUGUAAGUUAGUAUGAAUGUUUGGAGUUUACAUAAAAAAAGGUAAAAAUCGGAAUCAUUCCUUGUCUUCUUGUGUAUGUUUGACUUCUAGCUUCCUUCAUUUUGAGCUCCAAAUACCUUUAAAUAUCUGUUCAUUUCACUAAGCGUUAGCAAAGCAUAUGAAACCUUUACUUAUAACUGCUGUUUAUAAGCCCAGAACAAUUCCACUGUAGCUACGAUCAAACAUCCUGCCACUACAAAUUAUUUUUUACAAAUUUCUCUAUUCUUUUUUGUUUUUUUUUUAAAUAAAUGUUUGAAUAUAACACAUCAUUGUGGUGCUAUUGAGGAAACAAAGAAAGUCGACGAUGCGUUCACAGGCGCACGGAUUUUCUCAAGAUGGUUUCGAUGAACCUGACGUCUGUAUCCAGUGUUUUUCUGAAACUCUGAACCAACCACGUAGAACGUUAGAGACGCAUUAGGACUGUCGAGUACUCAGUGUUAGCUACCUCGUCACCGAAACUGAGAGAAAGAUGACGCUACAUGUAAAUCUUCUUAUUCUACAGGUGCUGUUUUGUAAGUAGUGUGAUCCUUGUGCACUUCUCCUGGCUACGCGGUACAGGGCAGGGUUUGGGGAUGCCAAUAAAAACCUUUCUGUCAACAAUGGAGAGAUAAAUGAGGUGUUGUGUGAGUGGUGUUUGGUGGUUUGUAACUUCUAUUUUUUGUUCCUUCAGUAUAGCACAGUAAAAAGGUAGCACAGCAUAUUCUAUUUUUAUGCAUGUCAGUUCCCCCUUUGCAGUAUCCUGGACUCUUAUAUGCUCUUGGAAUCCUUUUUAUUAUCGGUUUUAUAGAAUAAGAUGGCUGUGAGUGCCUGUUUGCUUUGUAUUUCUUGCUUUGCAACAAAUUAAACAAAAUGCUUGUUAAUCCCCCCAA